CCAAAUUUCCUAAUCGUUGUCGUCUUUUAGACGUUUUCUAAUUCUAAAUUUUCCUCAUUUCAUUUGUAAAUUCUAUUUCACUUUCCAUUUUUACAAAAUAAUUUAAAAUUUCGAAACAUGCAAACGGAAGCAAGAGUAGGCGUGGUGGAAGGCGGUGGUGCUUCCUCUCAUAAACUGGUGACUCAUCAUCAUCGGCGAUCUCAGAUCGGAGCUGUUUCUCAGCUUAUCGCCGGUGGUGUCGCCGGUGCCGUUAGCAAGACUUGCACCGCUCCUCUCGCUCGCCUUACUAUUCUAUUUCAGGUGCAAGGCAUGCACUCUGAUGUUUCUACAUUAAGAAAGGCUAGUAUAUUGCGUGAGGCGUCUCGUAUUGUAACUGAAGAAGGAUUUCGUGCAUUCUGGAAAGGAAAUUUAGUCACGAUCGCUCAUCGUCUGCCUUAUUCAUCCAUUAGCUUUUACGCAUUUGAAUGCUAUAAGAAUAUGCUAUUACAGUUGAUGUCGGGAGCCGAAGGUCAUGAGUCAAAUUUUGGUUCACAUGUGUUUGUACGACUUGCGGGUGGUGGCUUAUCUGGAAUAACUGCAGCCUCUGUAACAUAUCCUUUGGAUCUUGUUAGGACACGUCUUUCAGCGCAGACGAAUGUAAAUUACUAUAGGGGUAUAUGGCAUGCUUUAUGUACCAUCAGCAGGGAGGAGGGCAUCUUUGGACUCUACAAGGGACUCGGUGCUUGUCUAUUGGGUGUUGGUCCCAAUUUAGCAAUUAGCUUUUCAGUUUACGAUACUGUGAGAUCUUAUUGGCAAUUGCAAAGACCGAAUGAUUCUACCAUUAUGGUGAGCCUGGCUUGUGGCAGUCUUUCAGGCAUUGCUUCAUCAACAGUUUCCUUCCCUUUGGAUCUUGUGAGACGACGAAUGCAGCUGGAAGGUGCAGGUGGCCGGGCUCGAGUUUAUAAGACGGGUGUGUUUGGAACAUUUAAACACAUACUACAAGCUGAAGGUCUACGUGGCUUAUACAGAGGAAUUUUGCCCGAAUAUUAUAAGGUGGUACCCAGCAUCGGCAUCGUGUUCAUGACCUAUGAAAAACUUAAACAAGUAUUAUCGGAGAUCGAUACUUAGUUCCUUACUGAUAGCCAUGGGACCAGAUUGCUAUAUUAGCCAACACAAUUGGAAGGUUACAAGAUAGAAUCCUGAGUAUUCACUGUAUUCACUUAUCAAUAAACAUUUAUCAUUGUAGUUGUAUUACCUAUAAAAGUAUCAUAACCCUUGUACAGAUGAGUAGGGAAAAGCGAAACGGAAAAGAAGCCAUCAGUUACUUCUGUCUUAGUGUACUGAUUUAAAUAUGCUGCUGUUAUGUACAUACAUUUUAUGUAGUGAAGUGACUUGAUCUCUUAUCAA